UCACAGCAACCUAGUGAUACCGGCCAAGAGAGCCUUGGACAACACAUGGAAAGGGAAUCAUUUCCCUGCCUGGCUCACACAGAGCUCUCCUCUCUCUCCCUUCUUUUUCUCUGGCUCUCUGGCUUUCCCGCUCUUUCGGCGCGCGAGGGGUUAACCUCCCCCCGCCCUCGUCGACGGAGCUGUCCACCAAUGCGGUGCUGAAGUGCCGGCGCCGAGCCCUCCCUCUCUCCUCUCUCGCUGCCUUCAGCCCAAAGUGCUCUUCGCAAGUCCGAGCGAGGCAAGCGAGCGAGCGGCUGGUUCCCUUCCUUUCCCGAUGCUUCUUCCCGCGCGAGGCGGCGGCGGGGCUCCCCGCGGGGCUCCGGGACUGGCUGUGCUGCUCUUGGGGCUGUCGUGGUACUGCCUGGCGGCGUCUCAGCUGCGCUACUCGGUGCCGGAGGAGCUGGAGCACGGCGCCUUCGUGGCCAACCUGGCGGAGGACCUGGGGCUGGACGUGGCGGCGCUGUCGGCGCGGCGGCUGCGCCUGGUGUCGCGGGCGGGCGCCAAGCAGCACCUGGAGGUCAAUUUGGAGAACGGGAUCCUCUUCGUGAACGAGAAGGUGGACCGCGAGGAGCUGUGCGGGGCGGGCGAAGGCGGGGAAGGCGGCGAGGGCGGCGAGAGGGGCCAGCCUUGCUUGCUUCGCCUCCAGCUGGUGGUGGAGUCCCCGCUGGAGCUGUUCCGCGUGGAGGUGGAGGUGCUGGACAUCAACGACAACGCGCCGCGCUUCCCCUGGCCUGAGUUCGUGCUGGAGGUGGCGGAGUCGGCGCUGCCGGGGGCGCGCUUCCCCCUCGAGAGCGCGCACGACCCGGACGUGGGCCCCAACGCCCUGCGGACCUACCGCUUGGGCCCCAACGAGGGCUUCUUCUCCCUGGCGGUGCAGGCGCGCCGCGACGGGAGCAAGUUCGCCGAGCUGGUGCUGGAGCGCGCGCUCGACCGCGAGGCCCGCCGCAGCCACCGCUUGCUCCUUACCGCGCUGGACGGCGGGCAACCCGAGCGCUCCGGGACGGCGCGGGUCACGGUGGCCGUCCUGGACGCCAAUGACAACGUCCCCGUCUUCGACCGGCCGUCUUACAGCGCUAGCUUGCCGGAAGACGCGCCGCCUGGGACGCUGGUGGUGCGGCUCAACGCCUCCGACGCCGACGAAGGCGCCAACGGGGAAGUCGAGUACGCCCUCAGCGGGCACGCGCCGCCUGCCGCGCGGGAGCUCUUCAGCGUGGAGCCGCGAGGCGGGCGCGUGCGGCUGAGGGCCCCGCUGGACUACGAGCGCGCGCCGCUGCACGAGCUCUUCGUUCAGGCCAAGGACAGGGGCCCCUCCGCCGUCGCCGUGCACUGCCGCGUCCUCGUCCAGCUCCUCGACGUCAACGACAACGCGCCCGAGGUCACCCUCACCUCGUUGGCGGCACCUGUGAUGGAGGACGCCCCGCCGGGCACCGUCGUCGCCGUCAUCAGCGUCCGCGACCGCGACUCUGGAGACAACGGGCGCGUGAGCUGCGAGAUCCCAAGCGGGCUGCCUUUCCGGCUCCGUCCCUCCUUCCCGGACUACUACACGUUGGAGACGGCGGCAGAGCUGGACCGUGAAGCUGUGGCGGAGUAUAACGUGACGCUGACAGCGCGCGACGCGGGCUCCCCAGCGCUGUCCACGCGGCGGACGCUCACAGUCCCGGUUUCGGACGUGAACGACAACGCGCCGCGCUUCUUGCAACCCUCGUACCGUGUCUAUGUCGCGGAGAACAACGCUCCCGGCGCCUCGCUUUGCUCUGUCUCAGCCCGCGACCCAGAUGCCCAGCAGAAUGGGUAUUUAUCCUACGCGCUGGCUGAGGGCCGCAUCCGGGGCAUGCCCGUGGGCACUUACCUCUCCGUCAACGCCGACAGCGGACACGUCUACGCCUUGCGCUCCCUCGACUAUGAACAGCUCCGCGACUUCCGUGUCCAAGUGGUAGCUCAGGACGCAGGCUUUCCUCCGCGGAGCGGCAACGCCACCCUCCACGUCUUCGUCCUGGACCAGAACGACAACGCGCCCGUCAUCGUGGCCCCAACGCCCCGCAACAACGCCUCUUCCUCCUCGGAGGUGGAGGUGGAGAUCCCACGAUCCGCGGAGGCCGGGUUCCUAGUGGGAAAAGUCUCAGCCCGGGAUGCCGACGCUGGGCAGAACGCGCGGCUCUCUUUCCAGCUCGUGGGCGGAGGUGGGGAGGGCCUCUUCGGCGUGGCGCCCCACUCGGGAGAGAUCCGCACUUUGCGCGGCUUCCGAGAGGGAGAGCCUGCGAGGCACCGGCUCUUAAUCCAAGUCCGAGACCACGGGCAGCCGCCGCUCUCCACCUCCAUCGCUUUACUGCUCUCCUUAGUGGACGGCGACGCGGAAGAGACGGGACACGAGCAGCGCGACGAGCCUCCCGAGGCUGCCACCGCCCCGCCGCUCACUCUCUACCUCAUCGUCUCCCUGGGCUCGGUCUCCUUUACCUUUCUGGUCGCCAUCGUGGUCCUCGCCGCCGUCAAGUGUCGCAAGGAGCGGCUGAGCUUCGCCUGCGCCCUGGGGCCCUGCGGGGGGAGCGAGGAGGAAGGCCCCGCGGAGACCUUCAAGGGCGCCAACAACAACCAGGCCCCGCCCCCCGGCGCCCUGGAGGAGGAAGGCGGGACGGCCGGGGCGCCGCCGGGGUACUGCUACAAGGUCUGCCUCACGCCCGAGUCGGCCAAGAGCGACUUCAUGUUCCUGAAGCCCUACAGCCCCAGCCCGCCCAGGAACAACAACAAACAGAAACUGGGGGCCCCUGAGAAGCAGCCGCCGCCUGGGAAGGGACACCGGGGCGCCCCCAGCAACCACAACCACAACAGCAGCAGCAGCAGUGCGCAGGUGAAGCAGCCCAACACAGACUGGUUGCCAUCUAAGCAAGCAACACUGAAGAGUUCACAGAGCCUAGAGGAUGUAGGAGGAGUUCGUAGAGGAGUCCAAAAAGACCACGACAGGUUGCGGAAUUUGGUUACUCCAGUCUCUGAUGCUACUCUUCUUGUUACAGAACUUCAAAAGACACCUGGGGCUCCCAGCAGUGUCUGGACCCCUCGAUAUGCUCCAAUGUACUCUCAGCAUAUUUCACCUCUGGAUUACCAACACAAUGUAUAUAUUCCAGGGACCCCAACCAUGCCUUCCAGUAAGGAUGGGCCCCUUUUCCUGGAACAGGAGGCCAAGAAUAGCUUCUCAACCUUUGGGAAGAGGAAGAAAAUGACCACCUAUUGCGAUAUACAUGACAACAUGAUUAUUAACAAUAACCUGAAAUAAUGCUUGCUUUUGAACAGUAAGGAGGUGCAGAUGGUGCCUGAGUACUGUCUACAAUGAUGCUGGGGAUAGACUGAAAUUUCUGGCUUUAGCCGCCUACAUUUUUCUGCCCAGCACAAAUGGAUUGACAGGUCUUCUCUGCCUUUCUUCAGAGUUUGGUGAACUGAGUAGGACUAUGAUACCAAGUCACCAGCUGUAAUGAAACUGGAGAUAACUGCAAACUGUGAAUAAACUGUUGCUCUUUGGAAAGAAACAAAAGUCAAAAGAAUGCAGAUGAUUUUCUCCCCUGUUUUGUUGGACAGGGCUUGUGGAUUAAUUGAGAGGAAGAUACCAUGUGGCUGGCCAUCCAAAGUUAAAUGAACCAUAUGUUUCACAUUUUGGAACAAAAUAAGCUUGGGUGGAGUAGGGUUAUAAGAUGGGUGCCUGGAAAUCAAAGCAGCCAUAUUGUGUGCACAUUUCAGUCAGUCAUUAGCAAGAGCUUCCUUUUGUAAUUGGUGUAGUUUUUCUCUUCUUGGUCUGUAUGAUAUUCCAAGUGAACCUCUAUGUGUUUUCUCAUCUUUUUAGCAAAUGAACGUGGCUACAGUUUGAAAAAGCAAAGAAAAUACUCAAGUUUUGCUCACAGAGAUUUAUACUUCCACAAGAAAGAGGUUUCGCUUCUUUGCAAUGUGGGAAUAAUUUCUUAGCGGGGAAGUAGUUAAUGUUGAGCACGGGAAUAGCCCACCAAAAACUCCCAGUCCAUUUAUUUAACAUCUCACCUAAAGAUUAAAAAAUACAUUUUUAAUCACACUUGCUUGUAUGUAAAGCAAAAUGUCACCAUGCUUGAAUGGGAAGGUUUUUUUCUCACUUGACCUUAACUUUGUAAUUGGAAAUUAGCAGGUUCUAAAAGGUUUCAUUUUGUUCAGAACAGAGCUUAACAAUUAACAUUUGGUUGAAAAACAGUGUCAAUGUUCCCGCCAUACUUUCUUUUAAUCUGAGACAUUGGUGUGUGUGGAUGACACAGAAUUUGGACUGCCAGGCAUCUUCUAAAUUCAACUCACUAGAUAUAAAUAGGACUAUACUACCCCAUACAGCUGGAGUUAUAGUAUUUUAUGAGUCUAAUCCUCACAAAAAGAACAAUUAUGAUGCAGGGAGUCAAGGAACUGUAGGCUUUGUGAUUAAAUUAAAAUUGUACACACACACUAUUUAAACCCUACAGUAAGCGUGAACUGUACAUGUUAUGUACAUUUCAGGAUUUCUCACCUUUUUGUGCCACCUAUUUUGCAAUAUUUAUUAAUUCACAUGCUCAGUUUUUGCUAGUUAAUGGGGUCACAUCCUAACUCCAAUAAUUGGAAACCUUAUUUACCUGCAUUGAAAUGCAAACAGGCACUUCACUCAUUGGGGCAUAUUUUCAUAACAAAAUAAAAAGAAAGGAGUUAAAAAGCAAGCCAAAUUUUGUAUCCAUUGCCAUUUGGUAUCAUGUUCCCCCUUGAAAGCUGGUGUGCUGAUAACCCAUACAGUUCCAAGCAGACUUUAUAGCAUUAAAGGGCUGAACCGUAUUUGAAAUGAGAUAAAUUAACAAGCAACUCUCAGAAUUUCAGGAAACCUAAUUUUGCAGCCAAUAAUACAUUUUGUACUUUCCUCCCAGCUCUCAAGGAAAUUCAGUAUGCCCAGGGCCCAGCUAAUCCACAUGUUUUUAAAUGGCCCAAAUAGGGAAAAGAGACCAUUUUGCAGCCCCUAAAGAUAUACCAUGAAAAAUUCAAUUAAAAUGGAUGUUUUUACUCUCUGACAAGGAUCCUACAAUCUAUCAGAUCAAGGCAAUGAUAUCUUCCUUUCCGCUUGUAACUUCAUGUGGGUGGAUCUCAGUACAGUUUCUGUGGGAGAUGGCUUUACGGAUCUUUAAAAUGGCUAAAUAGGCCAAGCGUCUUUUGCUCUGCUUCCUCAAGCAUAGCUAAUUUUAAAGGCAAAAGAGAUCUUGAACACAAAUUCUCCAUUUUUAAGAAAUUGCAUUGAUAAAACACAGAAAGCAAGGGGGGGGGUCACAUUCUGAAGAGAAGUCCAUUAUCAGUAUUAUCUUUAAGAGGCAGAACUUCCUUCUAGAUGACUUAUCCCCUGUCUCUAGCUCUGUAUCCAUUUUUCUAAUUUUUUUUUGUUGGGUUAGUGCACCUUGCUCUCCAUUCCCUUCAGCUGCCAGCUGGGCAACUGCAGUUUGGAGCCUGUACUUGGAUGCACCUGGCAAAGGAUUUUACGUUGCUUCUGAAUUGGAUGUAGGGAGAAGAGACCAUGAGUCUACCUAGUAGUAUACUGUAUAGGAUAAGAUCUAUACUGUUUCUAGUACUGCCCAGGGGCUCAAGAAAAUGUCACAAAGCAGUACUUCUAGUCUCUCUGUUUCUUUAACACUUUUCAAUUUUACAGUUAACCCUCCACAUUUGCAGAAUUCACUUUUGCAGAUUUGAUUUUCCCCGUAUUUGAUCAUAAUGUUAUAAAUCUCUAGAUCCUCUGGUGUGACUCUAUAGCUAACUACCUCCAGUCACACUGGAUGACCUAAAGCAGUGGUUCCCAACCUUUGGGCCUCCAGGUGUUCCUAACAGCUGGUAAGCUGGCUGGGAUUUCUGGGAGUUGAAGUCCAAAACACUACAUUUAUGGCUGCAUCCUGUGGGAUCCUGGAGUUUGUAGUUUGGCCAGAAGCACCAGAAGAAAAGCUUUUUAGCUGAGAAAUCUAAAGGCUCAGUCUCAGGAGUCUAUAGGAAGCAAGCAUGGGAGUAAAAAUGGAAUCAUGCUGUUAUAAUGAUGUCCCGCAUAAGAGACUUACAUGUUGACAGUGACAAAUCAGAAGGCUUUAUUUUACACUACUUUUACACUAGCACUUUGUGAUCUGCCUGGUGAAGGACCAAAGACAACAUAAAAAACCAUGGGUAAUUUUCUGUCUAUCAACCUCUGUCAGAUUAUUUGCUUAGUAACUGCAUACAUGCCCAGAGAUUCAUCACCCAAGGAAUGAAUGCAACUUGACCUCAUUUUAACUGCCAUAGCUCAAUACUAUCAAAUCACGGGAGUUGUAGGUUUACAAGGUCUUUAGUUUUCUCUGCCAAAUAAUGUCCCACUAAAAGUACAAGCUCUGUAAUUCCAUAGCAUCGAGCCAUGGCUGUUAAAGUUGUAUCAAAUGGCAUUCAUCCUAUGCACCCCUUGACAUGGGAUA